AUUGCAACGUGUUUGUUAGUGUGGUAAUACUGACGUGAAAUUUUAUUUACUAAAUAAAUUUGCAUUGCCCUCCAUUUAAACCCAAUGUUUUCGUACCAACGAAGUGCUGUUAUCAAGUGUCUAAGACGAUUUUCACGAUAAAAUAAUGCCUGUACGAAGUAGGUUACGAUUAAUAUUGUCGAGUGUUUUGAAAUGUGCAAACACCUAAGUAUUUAAAAUGCAAGAGUGCAGUAAGCCUGAGAAGCCUAAAAUAAUUGGACCUAAACCGACAGUUCCUUCGAAACCCAAAAACGUUCCGCCUGUGAAUGUCAGGGCCCAGAGAGUUGUUAAAGAAAAUGAAAGGUGUUUGGUUACCGAUUCUUCACGAAGAUCAGCGGUUCCAGAGCAUAAACCGAAGGAAUUAUUAUCUAAGGAAGUGUCGCGUUCGCUUUCACAAACGGAAAAAAAGGACUACAAAGAGGUUUUCUCAACCAAAACUUCCGAAAGUUUGCAUUAUAAAAACAUAGGUGUCGAAACUAACGUUAAAUACGAUGAAUAUUCGGCCACUUACGUUAGCGAAAAAUGUGAUAAAUAUAGUACUAGCUAUGAGACUUAUAAAAAAAUUGAAGAAGCAACUCCGAAAGCCCCGAAUUCCCCCAGCACGGUUUGCUGUAGUAUUUUAUCAAACGCCACGACAGACUGUUGCGGGAUAAUCAACGUAAACAAAAAAGAACUGAACGGGAAAGCCAUGACUAAAAUAGACUCUUUAGAUUCAAAUUCCUCGGACUCAGGUGGCUUCAAGGAUUUCAUCCAAUUAGAUUUAAUCAAGAAGCCUGCAGAAACCGAACCCCCGAACGCGUCCCACCAGAGGAAAGCCUCUCAACCCGAAUUUCUCUCCGAAAAAAUCGCAGAAACUAAAAACUUUGGCCACCAAAGAAAAUCAUCACAACCGGAUUAUCUGUCACAAGAAGUGCGACAAUCAUUCACACAAAAUAAGCAGAAUUUUGUAGCCAACGCACAAGCUUUAGCACAAUUCUUGCCACAGACUGAACAAAAAAUACUGCAGCAUAAACCAUACGCAACCGACCGGCCUGAAGAGACUUUCAGACAGCAAAUUGCUAAAUUUAACGCCACUCAAAAGACUGAUGAAGUUAAAACGAAACCGAAACCCCAAAUCAUAUCACAAAGUCAAUUCCAGCAAUCAACGAAGAAGUUGGAGGAAUUGUUGUCGCAGAGAUUGGAAAAGGAAAAAGUGAUGAGGAAAGGCCAGAACUGUCUUCUAGAUGGGGAAUGCAGCCAAGACGUUGAGCAGAAAAUGAUGGUACAAAAACAAAUGCAGCAGAAGUUACAAGCCGAUCUCCAGCAGACGGUCAAGCAGAUCCAAGAGAUACAAAGCAUUGAAUUGAGACUACCACAAAACCGGAAAUGGAGCGAGAGUAAUAGGAGCCAGCCUGCCAUUGGCUUGAAACACACACCAAAAUCGAGGCCUACGAUAUUUGGAACUGUAGCUUCCGACCUCACACCAAAAGACUGUUCGAAUCGAAGGAGCUUGCCGCAAACGCCUCAAACUAAAAGUUUCUCUGCCGUCUACAACGGUGAAGCAAUUCAGGACACCGCCGGAGACACCGCCUUGCAGCAAGAUAACGCCUUGGUUUACCGCGAUGGAAACUUGCUGUCUGGUUCCCUUGAAGCUUUAAUUCAGCACAUGGUUCCGACUGACAUAUACUACCCAGAUAGGGCAUACCUAUUUGCAUUUCUAUUGUCUUCACGCCUAUUCAUUAAGCCUCACGAUUUGCUUGCCAGAGUACGGAGUCUAUGUGAAACACAACAGGGUUUGGGAAGUGCCACUGGUGGAUGUUCACAUCCUGGACAGGCCAGAUUUGCGGAGCAUUUAGUACAAUUACUCGCAGAAUGGACUGAAACAUUCCCAUACGACUUUCGGGAUGAAAGGGUAAUGCAACACGUCCGGACAAUAACGCAGCAGUGCUGCACCAUUAAUCCCACUUUUCGCACCAAUGUUUCGUCGCUCUUACAUAAUCUUCUUCAGAGAUUGACUGCGUUAGAACAAUACGAAAAGACUUUGGAUCCGUCGUCACAACCCCAAGAUGAGAACUGCACGGAUAUCUCUGAAAUUUGUCCAGUGCCAGCGUUCCUAGCGCAACAACUUACUCAUGUAGAAUUAGAAAGGCUCUCUUUUAUUGGUCCAGAAGAGUUCGUACAAGCUUUUGCUAAGGAGAAUCCACACUUAGAAACCUCGUUCAAAGACAUGAAGAAAACACACAAUUUGGAACAGUAUGUUCAAUGGUUUAAUAGACUGAGUUACUUUGUAGCGACACAAGUGUGUAAAUACCAGAAGAAAAAGCAAAGAGUUCGAGUGGUGGAGUACUGGAUAGAGACAGGGAGGGAAUGUUUUAAUAUCGGCAAUUUUAAUAGCUUAAUGGCGAUUAUAGCGGGUCUAAAUAUGUCUCCCAUUUCAAGGUUGAAGAAAACGUGGAAUAAGAUUCAUUCUGGAAAGUUUGCCAUACUAGAACACCAAAUGGACCCCAGCAGUAACUUCAGCAGUUACAGAAGUACUCUGAAAGCCGCAAUGUGGCGCAGCCACGGCGCCAAAGACCAGCGGCAAAGAAUUGUGAUUCCUUUCUUCAGUUUGCUUGUCAAAGAUCUCUAUUUCUUAAAUCAAGGUUGUUCCAACAAGCUUCCAAAUGGGCAUAUAAACUUCGAAAAAUUCUGGCAGUUGGCAAAACAAGUUACAGAGUUCAUGGCUUGGAAACAGGUCACGUGUCCAUUUGAAAAGGAUCCCAAAGUUAUUUCAAUUUUGCAACAUGGACCAAUUUUAAACGAAAAUGCCCUUGCUCUUGCCAGUUUCGAGUGCGAGCCGCCUGAAAACAAUCAGGAGAAAGAAAGAUGCAAGACUUUGAAGGCAGACAGUAACGCGAUGUAACGAGAGAUCUUUAAGCAGUUAUUAUUUAUGAUGAUGUACAAAUUGUUUUUUUAACUGUUUUUUUUUAUCUGGUGUGUACAUAUAGAUGAAUGUCUUGAAUUUUAUUUUUGUUUUGUACAGAGUUUUAUAGUUUUCUUUUUAAAACUGGAAUAUUAUUUAAUAGGCGACUAUUUUCCUAAUAUACAAGUAUUUAAUGUGAUUUUAUAGCUUUUUAAUGACUAAUUUAGUUCAAAACGUGCACUGUUUUGAUAGUACCUACAACACUGAUUCCAGUAUGAGAUACUGAAAUUAAUAGUACCUAAUUGCCAUUAUUAUAUUAAGUACUUCUGCUUUAGCUUUGUAUUCUUUGAGCAAAAGUUUUGAUGUAUUUUCAUAUUGAACUCACAAAUACUAAAAGAAUACUCUACACUGAACAUUUUGAAGAAUUUGUACCUAUUUAUAAUGUUUUAUACCUCAGUGUUUUUUACAUAAUAUUUGUAAUGAUGUACUUAAUAUAUUUGACCAAUGUAUUAACAGUAUUUAAUCGAAAUUUUUAAGUAUUUGUCACGUCAGGUUAUCUUACUAAAUCACAUUUGUUAUAUAAGCCACUAUUGCACUUCUCUUUGUAAAUGUGAUGUGAUUAUCAUGAAUGGGUAAAUAUUUAUUGUACAUGUAACAGAUGUGAUUUUUCCACUAUUGGAUUGCAUUGUAGACUUUGAAACUGCUACAUAUGCGCUUUGCCUCACGCUACAGAUAGGAUGUAAAACAAUUCAAAAGACUUAAAUCUAUCAGUAUUCUAGUCAUUAGGUAAGAGGAUGAUGCAUUGCUAAUUACACACUAUAUGUUGUAUUGUAGUUAUUUAUAUAAUGUAUAAAUCAUUUGUAUUGUAUGCAUUUGUUUUAUGUAUAAACUCCGUAUCAAAAAUUA